AUGGAGGAACCUUCAAAGUCUUUCUCUCAGCCUUCUUUCCCAAAAAAUGAAAUGUCUUCAAACGCAAAUGAAAAUAAAGUACCCUCUGAAGUAGCACUAAUGUCCGAUUUAACUACACUGGUAACCAGAACAGAACAAGUAAACAUUGAUGGCGUAGUUAACAUUAAAAUGUUACAUGCGCAUUUAGCAAUGCUUGCAAAAUUUAAAUCCCUAGAACAACAGGAUAGUGUAAUCGAUGAACGAUAUUUAUUACGUGCUGAGAGAAGAUACUUAUUAUGGUUAAAAAUAUUAAAUAAUGAGUCUUUUAAAGACGAUGAAGUUCCUAUUCCGCCAAUUGACGUAUGCCAGGUUUGGCACGCGCAUUUGCUUUCACCGUUGCGAUACUUUGAAGAUAUUAGUCGUUUAUUUGAUCGAGAAUAUAUCUUUCCAUUGGCCAAGAUACACGAGAUUUGGAGUCAAAAUAAUGGAGAGCAUAUUGAUGAGCGAUCAAAACAAUUUUGGGAAAAGAAUACUAAUCAACCAUGGGUUCUUGAUCCAAAUGAUACCUCAGAUUUUGAAUUAGUUUGCCCAUGGUGCUUUACGAAAUUAAUGAUAGCUGCUAAUAAUUAUGUAAAGUUAAUGAGAAACCCAAAGCAUGUUGAAACAUGCAGCAAAUGUAACGUUAAAUUAUCGAUAGAACGUUUGAGUGCUAAGAAAUUUAUGGACGAUAUUCAAAAGUACAACGAUGGAAAGCAAGCUUACAUUGC